AUGGCGCUGAAGGCUGUUUUACUGCAAACUCCAGUCACAGAUUUUCAGUUGAGAAUCCAAAUUAUGAAAAAAGCCAAUGGCUGGAAACCAUUUCUAUACGAUGUAACAUAUACACGAGUACGUCUUACAAAUAUUGUGUGUACAAAUUUGGAUCCUUCAUUUUCCAUCAUUGAACACUGUAAAUUGGUUGCUGUUUCCAGGGAUGUUAAUUAUAUGACCGGAAAGGUCAUAUUGCUGCAAAUUCCAAUCACAGAUUUUCAGUUAAGAAUCCAAAUUAUGAAAAAAGCCAAUGGCUGGAAACCAUUUCUCUACGACAUGACGGUUGGAUGUAAUUUUACCAAAAAAUUAAAUCCCAUUACUAAGUUGAUAUGGCAUGCAGUUCAGAAUGUGACAAAUAUUAAACAUGAUUGCCCAUAUAAUCAAAACCUGGAGGCUGAUCAUUUAAGCAAUUUAUUUGUGGCGAAGGCUUUAUUGGGUUUGCCAGUUCCUCCCGGAGAAUAUGCAUUUUUUACCACUUGGAAGGCAUAUAAUGUAACUCGAGCAACAGCAAAUUUUUAUGGAGUUUUUUAUUAG